CUGUGGACGAAGAAAUCUUGAAGGCGGAACUAUCGUUCGUGGGGGUAGUGCGCGUGAUAGAAGCAGUGUUGAUGGCGGCGAUCGAUGAUCGGAAAGGACGGAGAUGGAGAUGGACGGGCGGGAUGUUAGAGGCGAGAGUUUGGGUUGUGCUUGCUCUCUGUUGGUGCUCGUGUCUUGCCAAGUUCGCACGUCACAUGAAAUGCCCCGCCAUCUGAAGCUUUGCAAUCCGGACGCAAUCGAACGCCAUAGAAGCUAUGUUCUUUCUUCACCUUCAAUUAACUGCUGUUUGUCAGGCAUGUAUCAUAAGCAUAUCCCUACCGAUCUUGACCACGGCUGAAGCUUAGCAACCUCAGUUGACUGAUCACGAGCGACUUGUCAAUCCUGGAGCAUUGCCGAAAUACCACCCGUGUGGUCAGCCAAGAACAUGGUCGCCACUGCACAAGACAUGAAAAUGGAAUAGAAAGAU